AUGAGCAGCCAGCCAGGGCAAGGUGUGCUGGCAUUGAGGAUUCGGGCAGCAAGACGAGAAGGGAAGGGUUCGGAAGGCACUGGCGAUGAUGGAGAUUCGCAGUGGUGGAUGAAGGCCUUGGUUGGCAGAGGCAGGCAGUCUGAUGGCAACAGGACGGCAGCUCAGCGACAGGACCAGUCGAAUAGAGCGGCAAGCCGGGUACAAGGGAAGAGGGAGGAACCCGUCAGACGGGGCGGAUGCAAGCAAUCUACGGGGAAUGUCGAGGUUUGCAAGAAUGCGACGGCUGUUCAGGUCGCCAGAGAAGGCUUCAAAAUACGAUACAAACUAUGGUUUGUCCAAGAAUCCUGCGGAGGGAAAGGUCGUCGUGCAUGCGGAGACGAGACGGGUAAGGAUUUGGUUCUGGUGGUGGGAACGAGGAGAAGCGUUGACUGGAUGUCCGGUCUCCUUCGUUUGGCGGGAGCCACGUCGAAGCAGUCAAAUGUACAGUAG